AGUCAUUCAUUCAGAUAGUGAGCUGGCCGCUGGAUCAAGUGAACUUCAGGAGCAGUUAGAGUGAGAGGAGCUCAGGAUCUGAUCGAUCAGCUCUCUCUCAGUGCUGUGUGUGGAGGAGGAGACGUCUCCUGACUCAGACUCUCAGUUCUCUGGGCUUCACUGACACCUGCACCAUGAGGAAGGGCUCCUGCUGCAUGUUCACGUCGGGAGUCGUCGGUGCUCUUCUCCUGAUCGCCGGGAUCGGCCUCUUUGUGUCCGGAUUCUUCCAGACCUUGAUCCACAACAAGCUGAAGGGGGAGAUCACACUGACGGAGGGCAGUAAAGUUUUCGCCUCGUGGAAGAAUCCACCGCCUCCGGUCUAUAUUCAGUUCUUCUUCUUUAACGUCACCAACCCUGAAGAGUUCCUGAAAGGAGAAGCCAAACCUCGUCUUACUGAAAUGGGGCCGUACACUUUCAGACAGUACAGGCCCAAACGCAACGUGACGUUUGUGGACAACGAGACGAAGGUCUCAGCUUAUACAGUCAAGAGUUUUGUCUUCUUGCCUGAGAAAUCAGUUGGAGAUCCGAAGGUGGAUGUGGUGACGACGGUGAACAUCCCAGCCGUGGCCGUGAUUAAUCGGAUCAAAGGCCUGGGUUUCUGGGUUUCCUCCGGUAUCUCUAUGUACAUGGGCUCCAUCGGCACGACUCUGUUCAUGACACACACCGUGGAGGAGAUGCUCUGGGGCUUCAAGGACCCGCUCCUCACCAGACUCAAAACCAUAAAGCCCGACACAGAUGAGUACUUCGGUCUCAUGAUAAACAAAAACGGCAGUAAUGACGGUGAGUUCGUGUAUCACACCGGAGCGCAGAACUACCUGGACUUCGGACGCAUUUUCACCUGGAAUGGAGAAAAGAAGCUGUCGUUCUGGAGAACCAACCAGAGUAACAUGAUCAACGGCAGCGACGGCAGCGGCUUCCACGCGCUCCUGAGCAAAGAAGAGCGGCUCAACGUCUUCUCCCCUGACCUCUGCAGGUCCAUCCACAUGCGCUUUGAGAAGGAGGUGGAGGUGAAGGGCAUCCCAGCGUACCGCUUCACACCGCCCCGAGCCGUGUUUGCCAGCGCCAAGAACAACCCGGAGAACGAGGGAUUCUGCCUGACGCCGAACAACUGCCUAGACGACGGCGUGAUGGAUGUGUCUGUGUGUCGGAAAGGUGCUCCUGUCGUCGUGUCGUUCCCUCACUUUCAUCUGGGCGCUGAGAAGUACGCCAAAGCCAUCGAUGGCAUUUCUCCGGUGCACGAGCGUCACCAGACGUUUCUGGAUCUGAACCCUACUAUGGGAGUGCCUGUGCGUGCCAUGAAACGAGCGCAGAUCAACAUUCAUCUCGAGAGAGUGACCGGCUUUCCUUUGACCAGGAAUCUCAACAGCACCAUCUUCCCCAUUCUGUUUCUGAAUGAGUCGGUGGUGAUUGACGACGUCUCGGCGGCGAGGAUUCAGAAGCUGCUGCUCAUCGUGACUCUGGUCUCUUAUUUCCCGCUCCUCAUCGUGGCUCUGGGAGUCAUUCUGCUGCUCGUCUGUAUCAUCCUUGUCAUCCGCUUCAAUCAGAACAAGCCGUCUGCGAAGAAAGACACAUCAUAUGCUCCUGUAAGCGACAAAGCGGACGAUCAAGACGAGAAAAAUGGCACUUAUAUCGGCCUGACACCUGUGGACAAGUCUUAAGCAGCUGUGUGUGUGUGUGUGUGUCACAGAUGCUGUCACUCUCAGAAGAGCGGUGUGUGUGUGUGUGUGUGUGUGUGUGUGUGUGUGGGUGUGUGGGUGUGUGUGUGUGUGUGUCAGUCGUCUUGAUUCACACACAGAUUUCUCAGGACUGACGCUGUGAGCAAACGAGCACCUGGAUGAAGGACUGAAGAACACACACACUUCAGGCUCAUUCAGCAUCUGUUUCCUUUCAUAUUUGAACACUUUGAGCCAAUUUAAAGCUGCUGUCAGUGAUUGUUUAGGAGUAUCACACAUCAAAUGUUGUGAAAUCACGUCACACUCGAUUCUGACUCAAGUGACACCCGCAUCUCUUGCUGUCCGUUUAUUACUCGUUACCUAGUGAAAUCAAGAUUUAUGUAUUUGAAUUGCAUGUAAAAUAUGGCUUAUAUUGUUUUAACACAAACUAAUAUAAACUUAAUGUAAUGCAUAUUGGUCAGUCAUACACAAUGAGGUCAGAUUUCUGAAUGAAAUGAAAAAUAAUUAACUUUUUGAAUUUGUUAGAUUUUAUUUAAAUAAUCUUUUUUUUUUCUAAAUGCAUUUAUACAAAAGUUAAAACAUCAGAUAUGAUUGUGGAACAAGCAAUAUUCAGUUAGUUUGAAUGCAUGAGAUUUAAACAAGUUGGAUUUAUUGAUGUUAAAUAUAUAAAGCUGGUUAUUUGUAUUGUGUAUUUAGAACACAUUCUGUUUAUUUGUGCUAUUACAGAAAUCUGACUGGCUUCAUUUAUACAUGACGGACAUAUAUGCAUCACAUUAAGUUCUUCGGUUUGGUAAAACUGAGUGAUUCAAAUGUUAAAUGCAAUUCAUAUACAAACAAAUUUAAUUUAGUUUUUUUUUUUAAGAGUGAAGGGGAGUGGCCUGUUUUUUUUUUUUUUUUUUGCCAGUCAGAAACCCUGUCAGUCAUUUUGCAUGUUCAGAUUUGCAGGCCUCGGUUUGGAGGGCGGGGUUUGAUACAGAGGGCGUGUCUGUCUUAGCAGGUGGAGUUUGAUAUAAAAGGUGUGUGUGUGUCUUUUAGUGGGAGGAGUUUAAUAGGGGCUUGUGUCAGUGGGCGGAGCUUGACACAGAGGGUGUGUCUCAGUGGGUGGAGUUUCUCAUACAUAGUGUGUGGCAGGGUUUGUCAUAUAGGGGACAUGUGUGUCAUUUACUGGGCGGGGUUUAGCUCAGAAGGCGUGUGUGUGUGUGUGAUAGUGGGCGGAGUCAAGGGCGUGUCCGAUUGAAGCUGAUAAGCUCCUGAAAUCACUUGCAGCACCUUUAACAAUCAGACACUAUGUUCAGAACUUAUAACCUCUUAAAAGGCCAAACAAAACAACUUUAUAUUCGUGUUACCAAGUGGUCCGUUCACACAUGACGUGUUCCUGCAUUAAACAGCUGGACUGAGGUCAGUGCAACAGAACAGAAGCAGUGAUACACAAACAUUAACGCAAGCGUCCGGUGUGAACGACCCACAUGUGACUGAACCUGCUGUGCCUUUAGUUACAAACCACUGCGUUGAUUUAAUUCAGUCAAGAGCUGACAUCUCAUCACUGUGCCUUGAUUUCAGAAGUGUACAAUACUAAAGUUACGACUGAAUAAUUCAGUAUUUGUUGAUCUGAUGUUGUGGAAUAUAUCACUACCAGUCAAAAGUUUUUGAACAGUAUGUUUUAAGUCUCUUCUGCUCACUAAGCCUGGAUUUAUUCAAUCCAUUUUUACCAUUUUCUAUUCGAAUACAUUUAUUAUCUAAUUUAUUCCUGUGAUUCCAUCAAUACUCUAGUCACAUGAUCCUUCAGAAAACAAUCUAAUAUUCUGAUUUAUGCUUUUUAGCUUUUUAUUUCAGAUAAAUACUGAUCUUUGGAUUUUUCCAUUCAUCAAAGAAACAUGAAAAAAAAAAAAAUUCUCAACUCUUUUAAAUAUUGCUAAUAAUAAUAAUAAUAAUAAUAAUAAUAAUAAUAAUAAUAAUAAUAAUAAUUUUUCUUGGGCAGAAAUCUAUUUCUUAAAGAUCAUGUGACUGUGAGUUAUGAUGUGAGUUAUGAUGCUGAAAAUGUAACUUUCAUCACAGAAAUAAAUUACAUUUUAAAAUAUAUUCACAUAGAAAGCAGUUAUUUUAAAUUGUAUUAUAUUAUGUAUUUUAGAUCAAAUAAAUGCAGGCUUGUUGAGCAGAAGAGAAUUAAUAAAAAACAUAAAAAGAAACUGUUGAGUUGUAGUGUGAUCUCAGGUCUGCAGUCUGUCGAUGUGAUCUUUGAUCCUCAAACACUGAACACAGACGCUGUCUGAAUGAUUUUACAGGAGAGGUUUGUUAGUAUUAUUAGAUUGCAGGAUUGUAAUGCGAUUGCAGUUCUUGUAGUGUUACUGAACUAAUACAGAAGUAUUUUGAGCGGUUCAAUCUGUAUGUUCUCGUGGUUUAGCGCACAGAAUCACACGCAUGUUUUGCCAUGUUACUGUUUAACGUGUUAAUACUGGCUUUCCUUAAACUAGAUGCUUCGGUGCAAAAUCAUAACAUAAUAACCUCUUCUCAUUACUCAAGGUAUGUAUUAUCAUAUUGCACUAAAAUCCACGAUAUUGAAUCUAAUUCUGAAGCUGCACGUUUAACGCACUGUGUUUUUCGAGAUGGUCACUGGGUUCGAUCUCUGAGCCAUUUUAUUUGAGGUUUCUGAUUUAUUUUAUGUUGUUAUAUUGAUGUGCCAGACAUGAUUGAGAUCAAUCAAAAAAAAAAACUAAUAUUGCACUCAACUUUGAUUCGCUUGGAUGUGAAUGGAAAUAAAAAAAGAUGUUUGAGUUCAAAUGCUGGUGUUUAAGACUGAAUGUAACGUGGUUUAAAAGUGUUUGGUGUCAAUUCAGGUGAAGCUAAAUAAAGCUGAAUCUUGCCUUUAUCUGUGUAUGAACUGAACUCAGUGGCCUUGCAUCUUUCAACACAGACUGUGUAAUGACUUCUGCAUCUGUCCGGCUCGUAGAUUUCUAUAUUCAGACUGCACAAAUAAUUGUACAGUUUUGUAUAUAAAUGAAGACUUCUCCAGUGGAUUUAUAAGAAAUUUCAAUAAAAGUCUUUUUGAAAGGCA